AUGGCGGGCUCCAAAACUGAAAAACCGAACUUUGACUUAAUCAAGCGCGGUGUCAAAAAGUCCAAUGUGCCGGGCACUCUCACCUUCCUUGGCCUACGCGGCCUCGACCCCUUCUUCCAAUACAAGCUCGUCGCCGGCGGCUGGGGCGCCGCUGCCCUCGCCAAGAUUGGCGUGAACACGAUCCCUCUCAACGUUGCCGCCCUCUCCACGACGGGCAUUGCCAUCCUCGACGACCUCCACCUACCCCUCCCGCACCUCAUUCUCCUGGGCAUGUCCGUCGGCUCCUUCGUCAAGCAGGCCUACUGGCUCGUUGGCAUCUCCGCCGAGGAGUUCCCGCCGGGCACCGCCGCCACCGUGAGCUUUUACAACUCCCUCGUCAACAGCGCAAACUCCCUCCUCAUCCUCGCCGCGUCCACCUCCGUGCUCACAUCCCCGCGCGACUUUCCCGGCACCGCUCUGCCGUACCAGGUCGUCCUCGGCAGCGUCCUCUACGGUGUCGGCAUGUUCCUCGAGACCGCCUCCGAGUGGCAGCGCAAGCAGUUCAAGGCCAAGCCCGAGAACAAGGGCAAGGUCAUGAGGGGCGGGCUCUGGAAGCUGGCGCGCCACAUCAACUAUGGCGGAUACGCGUUGUGGAGAGCCGGAUACUGCAUGGUUGCAUCUGGGUUUAUCGGAGGUACUAUUAUGGGUGUGUGGCAGGCGGUGGAUUUCCUCACGCGCGGAGUGCCGGCGCUGAAUGAGUACUGCUCACAGCGAUAUGGUGAGCAGUGGGUUGACUUCAAGAGAGAGGUGCCCUGGGUUCUGCUUCCCGGUAUCUACUAA